AGCGCGGGCUUUUAGUGAGGGUGUAGGGAGGAGUUAAGGAGGGUAUAUAGGUGAGGGCAUUGAUACGGGGGUCACAAUCUGCGUGGCUGAAGAAGUGUCCCUACCUGUGCCAUGGCAGACAUGGAAGCGAUUCUGCGGCGCGUGCGGGAUGAGGUCCUCCGGUGCGGCUCCCAGUGGCUGGAGGACGCGCUCCCAUCCCUCACCGCCUCUCCGGUGCUUUCGGCGGGGGAGUCCGGGCCCCGUUCUAGCGGUCGGCGCUCUCGCCCGCCGGAGCGCCUGUCACCUGCAGCUUCCCCUGUUCCCAGGCGCCGACGGGUGAGUCCUUCUCCGGCCGCUUCCUGCCGUGGGUCCGGAGCGUCGGGCGGGGGGCGGUCCGGUCAGGCACCCCUCGGUCGGCCUGUUGUGAGGAGCGGUGCGGGGCGUGCUGUCGGCGCGCCCCUGGGCUUCAGUGAGGGACCGGUGCGUGGUGCGGCCCGCUCUGGAGGGCGGGCCCGGCGGAGAUCCGGAGCUGCUGUUUCCUCUGCCCCUCAGUCGGGGGGGCAGUCUCCUGCAGGCCUGGUUGCUACCCGGGCCGUGAUUCAUGGUGCGCCCUCUGCUUCCUCUUCCAGGGGGAGCAGGAGGGCUGGUUCUGCAGUGUCCCCUGCUGCUGCUGCCGGCAGGGGGGCGGUGCUUAUGGGAGGAGACGAGAUCGAGGCUGCUCUCAGUGAGGUCAGUGAAGAUGAUCUGCUGCUGCUGGCUGGAGAUUCUACAGAGACCCUGGACCCGCUGUCUUGUCCCCUGCUCCCCUCCGGGGUUGUAGCAGGUGUUGGCGUCAGCGGGGUCCGGUCGCCGCCACUGUCCGUCCAAGCCGCUGGUGGGGCGAAUUCUGCUGCUGCGGAGUCGUCGGACGGGGUCCCCCCGGUCCUUUCCUUGGAAGAUGUGUCUGUCGCCCGUGAUGUCCGGAGUCGCCCUUCUUCUGGAGUUACGGCCGCUGGUUCCGAGCCGGUGAGGUCGGGUGGAGCGGCUGGGCUUGUCUGGAUUGUCGGCCAUUCGUAUGUGACGCGUGGGGCAGUGAGGGCAGGGGUUCGGCCGGCGGGCAGACAGUUGGGAUUGGACGGUUCGGUGGCCCAGGUUCGCUGGUUGGGAAAGGGGGGCAUGAGGUGGUCAGAACUGUUGUCCAGGGUCCAGUUCUUUGUUCAGCUGGACCGGUCCCCAGAUAUUUUGGUGGUCCAUUUAGGUGGGAAUGAUUUGGGUGUGCGCAGGUCUCGGGAUUUGAUCAGGGACAUUAAACUGGACCUGUUGCGUUUGUGGUCCUCUUUCCCGGAUUUGGUCCUGGUGUGGUCCGAGAUGGUUGCCAGGCAGAAGUGGAGGCAGGCUCGGUCGGUGGUAGCAAUUAACAAGGCGAGGAUUAAGGUGAAUAAGGCGGUGAGUAAGUUCGUGGCCAGGAAUGGUGGUUUGGUGGCACGACACCGGGAUUUGGAGGAAGGGGGUGCGGAUUUUGUGGCCUCGGAUGGUAUUCAUCUUAAUGGGAUGGGUAUGGAUUUGUGGCUUCUUGAGUUGAAGGAGACAGUGGAGAGGGCAUUGAGGCUGUGGAGGAACGGGGACAAGUAAGGGGUCACUUGUCCCCGUUGUGGCGGGGUCAGGAGAGGAAUCUGGGGAGGCACCAGUGGAUGGGCAUGGUAUGUUGGAUGGUGUGGAGGUGGGCUGGGAGCGGUUCCCAGCCAGAAGGUGGAAUUCGGGUUGGUGGGCUUCACAAAAUGGUGCUCCUGUGCAGGUGAGCUACGGCUAGGAGCAAGUGAAGAUCCCAUCACCUGUGGUCUGGUAACGGUGCCCCUCAGGUUCUUCUCCUGCGCUAAUAGACAUCCUAAUGUUAGGACAGGUUAUAUUGUUAUGUAUGACGUUCAUACAUCGGUUUACAAUGUUGUAAUUGAUUAUUUAUGUUAUUUAAUAAAUGGGCUGCUGUGGCCUUUGUUUAACCAACACAUGUCUUAUGUCAUUUAUGGGAGGGAAUAAGCUAAAAUUAAGUUAAAGGUGUUAAAUGAUAGAUGAUCUGGUGGGGGUCUUAGCAGCUAUAAUAUCCCCUAGUCAAGAAAGCCCUGGAGGGGACAGAAUGGGAACGGAGGGGCCCCAUGACAGGGGUAUUAUGCGGGAAGGUAAGGGUUAAAUGUGAGGAGUUUAGAGGAGGGAGCUAGGGAA